UACGUAGCCCCUUAGCUUACUUAUCGGACUUUUCUUUUGACUUGUACCUUUCAGUUUAGACAAAGUCUUCUUAUUUAUUUGGGAACCAUAUACAGAUACUCGUACAAAGAACCAGACUUUGGCGGGCAAACUACGCCAAAACUGCUUUCUUGAUCUUCUUUACCGGGAAAAAACGACUAACGACCUUCUUCUACCCUAUUCUUGCACGUUGAAAUACCUUGUGUAUACUUUUAUUUGAUUCAUCAAUUUCUCGUAAGCCUUUCUCUGGUUCUUGGAAGCGAAGCUACAGCUAAAAGUUUCGAGAAACUUGUCAUAAGUUCUACAGUAGAAUUAUGUGGAAGAUAUAGAUAUCAGGGAAUCAGUUUUUCUAUAGUAAAGCACUUGGACCUCGAAGAAACUAGUAUUCAAUUUCAGGGAUAUCUUACAGGCUGCAUGUGGAUCCUUCAUAUUCUUGAUUACCAUCAUUGGCACCGUGCCAAAACGACUUCUCACCGCAAAAAACAUAGAAGAGUGAAACAUGCCAUAUGCUGUGGACAUCCAAAAACAGUUUCUUUUGAUCAUUUUAAGGAUGAAGUGCAAAACUAUUUGGAUGCGGAUGCUGUACCCUUAUUGGAUGAGCGGCAAACAGUACAGGCCACUCCAACUGAUGGGGUUUCUAGCAAAGCCCGCAUAAAAGCAUUAAUUGCUAAAGAAAUGUCUGCAAGGUCACGGUUUCAGAGAACUGAUUCAGUUCUUCAUUCAGGACCUACAAAUGGCCUUCAUCCAAUCAUAAUCCUGCAAAAAAGCACUGAUACUUCUGCCUCUGGAUUGCUGGUUCCAUCUCUACCAAAGUUCCAUGAGGAAAGAGUCGCAUUCAGUGGAAAUUAUAAUGAGGCCUGCUUAAAACAAAACUCUCUUUCUGCAAAGCAAGAAUUUCCCUCAGAAAAGGGCGAUAAAUCAGUGACUGCCUCAUUGGACCGGAACUUUUCAGAUGCCAGUAGACAGUUACACAGAGAAAAUUCAUGUCGCCAAUUUGUGGAAUGUGUGGACGUUCUUGAGUUAUUUAAGAUAAACAAGAAGUUGUUCUUGGAAAUCUUACAGGAUCCUGAUGCUGAAGCUGCCAAGAAGUUCCAUGUUCAGCUGCCUUCUGAUUCGAGAAUAAGAUUAAAUAAAUCAGGGUCAUUUCCCUCAGCUGAACCUGCACAACGUAGCUAUUUGAGGCCUACUACACUUGAACACAAGCAGAAGGAAAUUUGGUCUUUCCCAAAAGGAGAAAAGUUUCCCGCUGGAGCUGCAGCGCUGAAGUUUGUCGCAUCCAAGUCUUCAGAGGAUUCCCAUGAUGAGUCAACUGGUUUAAAGGCCGACAAUAAUGGAGUUGUUGCUGUUGCUCAGGAAACAGACUUUUCAUCUUCAGCAUCAAGUCAUGGGUCAAAUAAACAUGGGUGGCAUCAAUCAUUUAUGAGUCAUCUGAAAGAUGUUAUGAAGAAAAUAAAGCAUACACUCAAAGAGAGCAAAAAGGAGAAUAACCGCAAAUCGGCGAAUGUCCUCCUCUAUGGAGUUCCUUCGAGAAGUAAAAUGCCGAUUGAUGAGAAAGAGACUCCUGUAGUUUUGAAUGAGGGUAAACUUCACCAAGAUGGUAAAGAAAACUCCACAAAUUUUCAUGACAGAAGUGUUUCUGAUAAUGAUCCCAGCAAGAGUAAACUCCCUCAAAUUAGAAGAGUGUCCUCGCUAAAUGAGUCUAUAGAUAGAUAUGCUCGGUUGUUUGAGUACAGUUUAACCAGAGAGACCAAGUCGCAUGGAUAUCAAUCUCGGAGUUUAAAAUUAUCAAAUGAAGAUAAAUUUCCACCUCCAGGGAACAGUUUGAAAUCCUUCAAAAGGAGACUUUCUCUGCCUGAUCUUGACUCUUUGUAUCCAUUGCCAAAUGAUGCAUCAGAUGAUCCACUUCAUUCAGGGAUGCCAAUUAAGAGUAUUGCGGAUGAUGCUACAAAUGCUGAGAAUGACAAUCGUGAUGACUUGAAAUCAGUGAGCACUCGUGCAGAUAGUGAACAAUUUGAAACAUUAGAUGCUAUUGAAGAGGCUCAUUUUAUUCAGGAAAGCUUGGUGGAAGUAGGUCACCGCUGUGAGAAUAAUGAAUAUUCAGGUGAUCGAACAAUAAGUAAGGAGGAAAUUGUAAAGACUGAAGAACCACACGAGGAUGCAAUUGUGCUAGAAAAGCAAGGGUGUAGUUCUUGCCAAGAUCAGGAAACAAGUUCUAUAAUUAACUCCAGUAAAGAGCAUAAAAACCAAAGUUCUGUUUCAGUUUUUGAGACAGAUUUUCAAGAAGCCAUAACUGGCCAAGCAGAGCUCCCAGUCUCAAAAGGUUCUGAGUUGGUCUCCAGUCCCAUUAACAUUGAUGAACCAAAUUCUUCUCUCGAUCAACAAGACAGGUCUAGCAGUUGCAUCAGUGUAGACAGUAAGAACUAUGAAAGUGCACACUCAAUGGUUGACUGUAACUUCCUUCAUUUCCAAUUAAACGAAGUAGAAGAAAAUGAUUUCAGUUAUGUGAAAGAUGUGCUUGAUAUAUCUGGCCUUUUUGAGCAAGGGUGCCUUGGGACUUGGCACUCGCUAGACCAGCCAUUAAGUCCUACAUUGUUCAAGGAAUUAGAAGCUUAUUUACACCAUGAAUCUGAACGCUCAUCAGAGAAUUUUGGCUUUAACUGUGAUCACCAGCUUCUGUUUGAUUUGAUUAAUGAGGUGUUACUUCAUAUCCAUGGAAGCUCAUUAGCCUACUUUCCAAAACCCUUUUCUUUCACUCAACUUGUACAUCCAUCACCGAAAGGAAUCCAUAUUCUUGAGGAAGUCUGGAAAAGAAUUAGUUGGUAUCGGAAUUCGAGAACAAAGGCAGAUCAAUCAUUGGAUGAUAUCGUCAUCAGAGAUUUAUCAAAAGAUGAUAGUUGGAGGAACCUUCAAAUAGAUGUUGAAGAUAUAGCACUUGACCUUGAAGAUUUGAUUUUUGAUGACCUUAUAAAUGAAGUUGUAUGUUCAUGAAGAAGUCAAGGCCGUAUAUGAAGGAAUCCUUCCGCAUUUGCACAUGAAAAUUUUUGUUUCUUUUCUAAGUCAUGCUUUUUUUGCCAGGAAAAUCAUGGUUUCUUGAUUUACAAAAUUUCAGAGAGAGAAAUACUUGGAAUCUCGCAACGGCUGUCUUAUUCCAUUGCAAGUUUCUGUAUCUUCUGGAUGUGAAAUUCAGUUGGGAAAAGAAUAGGAAUCUUUAGCAUCAAGUAGAUAGAGAUCACAUGUAAUUAUAGGCUUCUAUAGUUUUGUAGCAUUCUUUCAGAGUUGAAAUGAUAUUUUUGUAUACAUUAGUACAGUUCUAUUCAGCAGAAGUUUUAUUUGGAAAAAAUUCUGAAUAAAUGUAUAAUUCUACAGUCUCUAUUCUGCAAUGAAAUCUUAAUGAUCAGAUUACUACGGUAAUAGAAUUUUCCUGCUUGAGCGACUGAAUGCCAAAGAGUAGAUAAUAUUUCUCAUAGAAGAGACAAAAAAGAGUAAUCGAAUUUGCGGUAUGAGGAUUUUGAUCAUCAUCAUCAUCAUCAAAACUGCCACAAGGAUUGUAUGCUUAUACUCAAGAAACUAAAGACAAACAAACUAAUAGAAGAGACCAUGUAAAAGAACACAAUACCAAAACUAC